AUGGCCAAGGCCUCCCUUACAGCGCCGCUUAGACUUCUGCAGAUUUGCAUCGAAGCUAUCUUCAACGUCGACGCAUCCGGCAGCAGCUGCAACAGACAACGACCGCUCCGCUUCCGCUGGCACGCCGCAAACGCACACACACGCACCAUGUCGACCGAACGGGAGCUCCAGAUCGCGCCGCUCGUGCAGGAGUCCAUCAUGCACAACUCCCGGACCCUCAUGGCCUCCCUCUUCGGCAUCGGCGCCGGCAUUCUGGGCCUCGAGUCCUACAGCGGCUUUCUCUUCUAUGUCGCCUUCUCCCUGCUGACGACCGGGCUCUUCUUUGCCUUCCGCGUCGUCACCGCCUCCCUCGCCCUGCGCAGCGCCGGCAAGCCCGUCGCCCUGCUCGACACCAGCGCCUACUUCCGCAGCCCGUGGGAGUUCUGGACCGGUGGCCUCUCCAACGGCCUGGCCGGCUACAUCCUGACCUGGACUCUCUUCUACGGCCUCGUCAGGGCAUGA